GCCAAACCAAAUGAGGUCACCAAAACAGAAGAAGUUUAUAAAAGGGUCAACCGAAACUCGUCUGCAGUUCAGUUGCACUGUGACGAAACUGCACACGGAAUGCUGCUACCGUUAAGUUUGCUGACGUUUGUGGUCGCUACCAGUAUGGCGGGGAUUUCUCCGACAAAGGACUACUUUCGCGAUAAUAACCAGCUGGUUGUGUACGGGACAUGGCGCGCUAAUGACGUUAUCUGUUAUCGUCGUACAAUUCUGCGCUGGGCAGACAGUCCGCAGAUCAUCAAUUUCCAUAACCCUACCGGUGCAAUUAUCACCUAUAUCAUACUGCAACUAGGAACCGUUCCAAGUGGAUUCGGCGGUUUUCGGGCAGAUUUGGUCCAGGGUGGAAUCGGUACCAACCAUGUCCGGUUGGAUGUGUAUGCAGAGCCGUUUUGGGUUCCUUUUUUCAAAAAUGUUUACAUCGAAAUGAGGUGUGCACCGAUUGGCAGACUUGAAUUGAAUAAGUUGUACGUAUUGGCAUCGCUGCCAGAACAGUUGUCCAGUGAAACGCUUAGUAGUUCGUGACGAAGGUUUUAAGUUGUUUUGACUUCAAUCGAAAUGACAAACGGACUGUGUUUUUUUUUCAGUAACGUUUUAUUAUCUCUAGUUUCCCGUUGUCAAUGCUGAAAUGGCCUUUUUUCUGUGUUUGUUAAUUCUGUUUUAAUCUUACUUAAUCUGUAAACCUUAAGUUCAAGUGAUGAGAGUGUUUUUUUUUCUUGUCCAACAAUGUUAAUUUCAUUUUUUUUUGCAUACUUUUGCUCAGUUAACUGAUAUGUCUGCUGCCAAUUGAUGGAAAUUAUUGUAGGUACGUGCAGAGUAAUCAUUGUAUUUUUGUUAAUUUUGUUCAGUAAUAAGAGAAAUCUCGAGAGAUGAGAAUCACAAGCAGUAUCGUUUUCAGUUUAUCAUAGGUUUCUAGGCAUAAAUUAUUGCAUAUUGACUAAGUUUCGCUUGUAUCAACAAUUGUAUGUGUGUGUGAUGCUUAUCCUCGGAACACUUCCGAAUGGACCGAGACAAACUAAUUGAUCGGAACGCAUACUGUUAAUAUUAGGUUGCUAGUUUUUUUUUCUCGAAAUCACAUAAUCGACCUGGUUCUGUAAACAAAUUCCUUUAUUUUGUUUGAUUGAUUGCUUUGUUGCUGUGUCCAGGACGGUGGAAACACAACCGAACUUAUAUUUUUUUUUACCGUUAAGCUUUGGGUUGACAUUAAUCACUGAUGCGUCUUACUCCACUCUGAAAUGCCUUCCGACUUCGACAGAUCUCGCCACGCGCUCGGCUUAAAGGCACACUGAAUUGAUCGUAGUUUAUAUCGCAACGCAUGUUAUUUGUUUUCAAUUUAGUGUGUAGUAGUAAUAGUAGUAGUAUUAAUCGUUGUAUGUGAAAUAGUUGAACAAUCAACAAACGACUUAAGUAGUUUCGAAGCUGCGAAACUGAUGUGUUUUCUUGCUGGAAUGCACUAAGGCGGCUAAUUGGCCAAUCGUCGGAAAAAUAUAUAUUUAUAUAUUUAUUGCAAUAUGUAUAGUAUGAUUCAAUAACUUCACACACUUGUCUACCGCUGUUCACACUUUACCAUUUAAAAUGUUAACUAAUCUAACUUAUUGAGUUAAGUUUAUCGUUUUCAAGAAAAGUAAAAAUGUUUCUAGUACAUAUGGUUAAUUGGUAGCAUUGUUUCCGCUGUUGCCUAACAGAUUCUACUUAAAAGAUUUUGUUUCACACUAUUCUCACUCUCUCCUUCGUAAAAACUUCGUAUGCUGCUAAGGUUUGUUUCGCUUGCCUCUACUAACUCUACACGGUAACCAUCAAAAUAUCGUGAAAGUGACGGAUUGAAAAGGUAUUGUCAUUUAUUGGUUGGAAUUAUUCCUUACCUCCAGUGCUAAGUACUUGAGUAACACUAAUAAUAAUUGUCCUACUUGGAAAUGAUUGACUUCUGGAAAUGCAAAUACUGCCCACAAUGUUCCAAAGAAUUGGAAAGUUUUUUU